AUUCAGGGCAACAACAACUCCUCCUCCUCCUCUUCCCCUCCCGGUGAUGGAGGAAGAGGAGGCCGCGGAGGGGAAGAUGAAGCAGUUCCACGGCGCUGUGGCGGUGGGGGUCGGCGGGUCCCUCGGGGCGGCGCUGGAUCCGGAACGCAGCCGCUUCCCCUACUGCGUCGUGUGGACGCCGAUCCCCGUUCUCACAUGGCUCUUCCCGAUCAUUGGCCACAUGGGCAUUUGCACUUCUGCAGGAGUCAUCCGAGAUUUUGCAGGGCCUUACUAUGUCUCUGAAGACAACAUGGCUUUUGGAAAGCCUGUGAAAUACUGGAAGCUGGAUCCCAACAAAGUCUAUUCCUGUGGUCCCAAUGCUUGGGAUACAGCAGUACAUGAUGCCUCUGAGGAAUAUAAGCACCGAAUGCAUAACCUCUGUUGUGACAAUUGCCAUUCUCAUGUAGCUCUAGCCUUAAAUCUCAUGCGAUAUGACAACAGUACUUCCUGGAACAUGAUCAAACUUUGUUUUUUCUCUUUGCUGUAUGGAAAGUAUGUAAGCAUAGGAGGCUUUGUGAAGACUUGGCUUCCCUUCUUCCUCUUUUUGGGGAUUAUCCUGAUAGUCAUCUUGACUCUUCACAUACGGUGAUGGAUGACAUUGGUGUGUCCGUCCGUCCACCCACCUUCCCCCUUGUCCCCUUUGAAGUCAAGUGCUGGAAUCCGUGGCUUUUCAGCCCAGGAAGGCAUAGAGAGCUGCAUGGUGUGGAAAGCCCUCAAAAAAAGAAAGAACGAAAGAACUCCAUUAGUAUUUUGUAAUAACAACUCUGCUGUUAUCCCCUAGGAUUCUUCGUUUGGAUGAGGAUGGUUUCUUUCAACCUACUUGACUUGGAACGUUUUGGGAUUGGGAAAGGAGGGAGACUCUUGCAUUGUACUUCUCGCCUAAACCUUUGUGACCAAAGGUUCCCACAUGGAAAUCCCAAAUAGGGUUUGGGUCGAUAGGACAAUGAAGGGAGGGUUUCAUUAACCUUGGGUGAGAUGUCUAAGGAGGGGGGUAACUUUCUCUGAUUUUCCCCAGAGGUGAUUAAUGAGCACUAAAUGGAAGGUGGCUAUCUUGUAGCCACUACCCUGGGAUGGGGUAAUAUUUGCUUGCACUGAAUGAUGGGAUUUCCAGUGAUGAUGGUGGCCUCAAACUGGAAGAAUGACCCGCUUGGUCUAUGCAGGGCUUUCUGUGAGACGAGAUUAAUUUUAAGUUUCUUCUGGCGCAGAACAGGAGUUUUAACUAAAGAUGAAUGUUGUUUUCCUCUUAACCCACCGCACAGAAAGUCUGUCUCUUUGUUUGUAUGUGUCUUGACUCUAGUCUCCUAGGAACCAGCAUUCGAAAGGCAGUUGAUCUCAAUGGAUCUUCGUUACCUUCUUGUCAGCUUAAACUGCCCCCUUGUCACAGACCUGCUAAAAAGAAUGUAAACUGCUCUCUUUGAGGAGCUGUUUCUCGAGAAUUCUGGUAAGACUUCCUCAUUACCCUUAUUAUAGAAUUUAUUUCCAAAGCCCUAGCUCUACCUGGGUUCGUCAUACAUUAUACUGUGCCUUGGAAGUCACUGGAAACCUAACCCGCAGCCAUUAAAACACUUCAUCUUUUAUAGCGAGAGUUUGGAUGCUAGAAGCCAUACCAGCGUCAUAUCUGCUGUUAGAAAAAAUGAAUCAUUCCUUUAGGGCUCAGCUUUUCCCCUGCUGUGGCCAGGUAUCGAAAGAGCAAUAGCUGCUCAGAUGAAUUUUAAUUUAAUUCGGGCUUACGGCUUUCCUUGCCUGUUGUGUGGAAAAAAAAGGGGGCACCCUCUUCUCUUUAACUGAAGGUGACCUAAAAAAAUAAUAAUAAACCGCCAUGCUUUCCUUUCAUUUCCACCCUCCUUGUUCCCAUGCUAGCCUUCGUCCUUUUGUUCCUCCUGUGGUGCCAAAAAUGCGUGCUGUGUACAAGAGAGGCACCUGUGGCUUAGCAGGUCUUGGGGGUCUCCGUUGCAUUCAGCCAUUUCAAGCAUGAAUGAUGGCAGCUGUAAGAAAACUGAUCCAUAAGCUCUAGGCUGAUUAGAGAUCAAAGGUCUUACAUCAAAGUGACACCGUGUGGUGUUCCAUCAAGCUAUUCCUUGGGCUAUUUCGCUUACGUCCCAGUAGGGGAUUCUAGUUCUUAUGGAAAUAAUAGACUGAAUUAAUAACGCACACAUUACUCAACUUUUUUCCCUUUUUAUUCCCCCCCUCCCCUCAUAGUGACUUGCCAAAAAAAUAAAAAUAAAAAAGCUCCAGGAAGCCUAAGCUUUUCCCAGACCUGGAACUUAAAGCCAACUUGUCUUUCUAUCAUAGCAGUGAUCUAAGCUCAUCUUUUCAAUCAAAACGGAAAGUGCUUUUCUGACAUAAUAUGACUGUACAAGCAUUACCAAAAUAUGAAGCUUGCUGGAGGAGCCAAAAAAAAAAAAAAAAAUCACAGAAAGUGACUGUGGUUGUUUUUUCUCUUCUUUUCUCAACAUCCCUUCCUCUCCCUCCCCUUCCAUUAUUUUGGUCCCUACAGGAUUAUUUUUUUAAAAGCCUAUAUUUGUGAACCGGCCAAUGAAUGAUCAAUAGGGAGGCUCAAAGGAGAAUAUGAAGUUGGGGGGGGGGGACUUAAAGCUAUGGAAAAGCUAAAGCUGCAGAUUCUGAUUUUCUUGUUAUUUUGCUCCCUUGAGGAAGGAUUUCCUAGUAGUCCUAGCCAGUAGAACUACGAUUGGAAGCAGUUUCUCUGUUACAAAUUGCUACCACUUCUAAAUUAAGUUCUUAGGUUCCACCUAACAACUGAGCCACACCCUUUAAGGGAAAGUGGCUUAGGGGUGAUUUUACCGUACAUUAUAUUUGCAAAUCUGCUUUAUUGGGGUUCCAGAGAUUGGGGAAAGCCAAAAAUAAGUUUGCAGGACCUUGGGUGGAAAAAAUGCAGCUUAAGCAAGGCAGGUAGGUAGUGGAGUGCACGCGUUGUAGUCCGAUUGCGGUUUCUAGCCUUCGCAUAAUCCUAUCUCAAAUAUUUUACCCAAACCUACGUUGUCUCCUCCUGUUUAACAGCCGCAUGAAAACUACUCAUGUUUCAAAAUCUACGUUAAUGACUAGUUCUUACUGUGUUUUAAAAUCUUCUAUGGGAAACACUUCUGGGUCAAAGUGAUGAAGCUGAUGAAGCUGCUUGGAUGAGCAGCGAAAUGUCUCAAAUGAACAAAAAAAGAUAAUUAGUCCAGUUGCCAUAAUUCAAUCUUCGGACACCUUUCCUUGGAUGACCGAGAGUCUUCCUCAACACACUUCUGGAUAGGCAUUUUGGUGGUUUAAAUCUUGAUUGGAGCCUGCCUGGCCAUGCUUGCAGACAGCCCCUGACUAGCUCUCAUUGUGGAGUCAAGAAAAAUAUAUAUAUAUUACUACUUGGUUGAAUAGAUGUAGUGAGAAACCUGUAUGUCAGGAUGGGAAAUUUAUUUUCCCAAGGGGCCACGUGAGAAACUGGGACUGUUGUGGCGUGUGAAACCAGGAGGACCAACACAUUAUUGUGAAGGUGCAGAGGCACACAUACAUAAAUUGGGAGAGGGGAAAUCACUUUCAAAAUAAAAGUGAUGCAGUUGUAUUGUAAGUAUGGCCUACACUUAUUUACAUUUGAGCUCUAAUUUCUGAUAAACCUCAAGUGAACCAGGCAGGGACAGCCAAAGGGCUGGAUGUGACCCAGGGGCCGUAAAAUGCCCCGAUCUGCUAUAUGUAGUGACAUGAUCUGUGAAUUCUAUAUUUAUUCACAUCUGCCUUGAAGUGUCUUAGUUGUAGGGAUUUGGUCCAAGUCCAAAGUACUUUCCGAAGUUUUCACUCAUUACCUUUUUUUCCCUUUACAUUAUUUCAUUGUUGUUAUGGUCUUCCAUUUUGCCUUUUGUUUAGCUUUCUCUGUAAAGCUCCCAUCAAUUUGUUCGUUCUUUCCUUUGCUGGUGUCUACCUAAAAUGGUCUUCUAGUCCAGUUGCUUGAUUCCUUUGUAAAUACCAAAGUCUGCUGCUGUAAUUUCAUUAUCCCAAUGAGGGUGAAAAAUAAAUGCAUUUGUGUACUCCA